CUAGUGGGAACACAUGUGGAGAGAGGAAUACCAAGAUAUAUAUAUGUAGAGUGGUUGGCCAGUAAAAAAGCAGAGUACACUGCACACCGCAGUACGCCCCUACCUAUCAUCACUCAUAUCAUAAGAAGAUGAUCACAUCUAGCACACAAGCAUAUGCAUAUCAUCACUCAUUCCAGAGAAUGAGAUGACAAGACGUUGUUGCACCACUUAUUGCAAGCAACAUCAGGUACUCAGUACUCUCUUUCUCUGCUUGCUGGUUUGCUGCAUCUCAUCUUCUGUUAUUCUGAUCCUUAUGCUUGCUGCAUCAGUUCUUCCAAUUUGCAGUCUCUGUUGAUGCUGUUCAAAUAUUCAGUCAACCUCUUUGUUGGGCCUCUUUGUUCCAGUGAAAAGGACCUAAAGGUGAGGCACUUUGGUGAUGUCUGGUUGAAUGGCUGCAUGCCAGCCUCUGCAAGGGAAGGAGCUGCAGCCAGUGCUUCUUCCUCGGCAGGCAAGCUCGGCUCCACGGGCCGUGAGGGUAGCGCCGCCGGAGAUGUCGUCGUCGUCGGGGUCGGGGAGGAGCACAACGGAGGCGAGGGCGCUGAAGAUCCACAGCGAGGCCGAGCGGCGGCGCCGGGAGAGGAUCAAUGCUCAUCUGGCUACGCUCAGGAGGAUGAUUCCUGAUACUAGGCAGAUGGACAAGGCCACCUUGCUUGCCAGAGUGGUAGAGCAAGUGAAGCUCCUGAAGAGGAACGCAAGCGAGGCCACCACCCAGAGCGUGCCCCUGCCCCCGGAGACCGACGAGGUCUCCAUCGAGCUCCACACCGGCGCCGGCGCCGACAAGGUCAUCUACAUAAAGGCCUCGAUCAGCUGCGACGACCGGCCGGACCUCGUCGCCGGGCUGGCCCAGGCGUUCCAUGGCCUGAGGCUGAGGACGGUGAGGGCCGACAUGACCUCGUUAGGAGGAAGGGUGCAGCAUGUGUUCGUACUGUGCAAAGAGGAGGGCUGGGGUGGUGCAGGUGUAGGUGCAGCAAGUGCAAGCCUCAGGUCUCUGAAGGAGGCUGUCAGGCAGGCGCUAGCCAGGGUUGCUUCCCCAGAAACGGCAUACGGGAGUAGUAGUCCCUUUCAGAGCAAGCGGCAGAGGAUUCUUGAAUCACAUUACUCCAUCAUGUCCAUAUAGAGAAUGCUAUAUUAGUAUAUGUAUAUCCAGUUCCUGAACUGUCAGAGCCUGUAAGAGAUGGUAGGAGAAUCUUCAGGUCAAGAGUGAGUGCUAAUUGUGUUUUGUGUGUGCCCAAAAUGGUUUGUUUUACUGUGUGUGGUUUGAUUUGGACCGUGAACUGUUGCUAGUGCUGAAAUAGUCUGUAAAAUCACAUGGGCAUGGCCCGGGGACCAGGGUUUGCAUGGGGUGUGCUGUAGACCAGUGUGGGUGACUGUAUCAUAUGGAUGCAUGCAGAAAUGCUGCCUCCUAAGUCAGAUGAUUGGCUUGACAUUUCAGGGUUUGGGUGAAAAGACCGUGACACCUUUUGAGUUUU